UCCUUACUAUUACUGACUAUAAUUGAUUAACUUUCAUACUUUAAUGAAUUUUUACCAAUAAUGAGUGGAGACAUAGAUCAUUAUCGCAACCAAAUUAGUUUGGCACGAACAGAAAUAAAAAACUUGAGGCAACAACUGUUUGCGCUGAAACAUGAACACCUGAAAGAAAUAAAACUAAUUAAGUCUGCAUUAAGUGGACUGCGAUGUGCAAAUUGCACUGACUCUGCAACAUCAGUUGUCACUAAUCACAAUGAAGCAAGUCCAUCGACAUCUGAAGAUAGUGACAAUAUCUCAUAUAGAAGUAUUGGUAUUAUUGAGACAUCUUUUCAGAAUAAAAGAGGUGUACCUAGACAACCAUCAUUGAUGGCUAAUGCCAGGGGGACAGUCAUAAUAAAUCAAAAUGUCUUCAAUAAUCCGGAACAUGCUUUAAGUGGGUUAGAGGAAUUUUCCCACAUAUGGAUAAUAUUCCACUUCCAUGCAACAGAGAGUUCCAAUGUACCUGCAAAGGUAGCACCUCCACGACUUGGUGGUGAGCGACGUGGAGUCUUUUCAACACGGUCUCCUCACAGACCCAGCCCUAUAGGGCUGUCACUUGUCAAAAUUCAAAAUAUAGAAGGCAAUAAGAUCCAUUUUUUAGGUGUUGACAUGGUAAAUGGGACUCCAGUGUUGGACAUCAAGCCAUAUAUCCCACAGUAUGAUUAUCCAAUCUCUUAUAGAGAUACAAUGUCGACAAUAUUACGCCCUCCCACUGAGGGCAUCAGUGAUGCAGCAGAUACUUUGGCUAAUUUACAAAUAGAUGAUGAAAAUUUUGACACUAGAAGCCUAAGUCCUCGCAUAACGAACCCUAUUGGCAUCGACACCAGCAGCCCACUAUCUAGAUCUCCAUACCAGGAUGACAUUCCCUCGCCUGGGGACCGUCCAAGCAGUUUCCUAACUCCGACUUCACCAUCACCAGAUUCUCCAUCCAGUGUUGAUAUACUCGAUGGUAAUUUCCAAAGAUCACCAGAAAGACUUGACGCGGAGCGAGGGGCUCCCGAUGGCCAAGAACGCUUCACCCCACCACAGUCUGCUCAUCUGAUCAACAUAAGUCAUGAUGGUAUUAGAGUGGCCUCAUGGAUUUCUAAUCCACCAACUCAAGCUUAUGAAGUCAGAUUUACAGACGAUGCUCUUCAAAGACUAACGGAAUUGAUAGGUGAUAGAACACAGGCCUUUAAAAGUAACAUUGAAUGUUUGCUUUCCGAGGAUCCAAGAUCUCAUUACGUUAGGACUCGGUAUCCUGAUCAUGAAUAUAAUUGUGUACUAGAAGAUUUAUCUAUAAGUUGUGUUUUCGAUGUCAACUCGUCUGUAUGUUCGAUCAUAGCGAUAAGAAGCGCCGAAGAUAUGCAACAAACGUAAUCUAUGCGGUAAGUAUGUGAGUACUGUGUUUUCGCAAUAAAGAUGUAAUAUAAUUAAUGUUAUAUGAAUAAGUAUGUAUUUAAUUGACAUAAUAUAGUUCUGCACAAUUAAUAUACAUAUGUUUUAUUAA